AUGACCGAGUCGUCUCCUCCUGAAUUAUCCCUCCUCAAGACGCUGAAGCACCCAUCGACCGGGCCUUCUCGAUCAUGGCAAUCUCUCGCUCACCCUGAUCCCUCCACGCCUCUCCUCGCAACGGCUUCCGCUGAUAAAACUGUGAACAUCUGGAACCUGCGAGACUACUCUCUGAUCUCGACGAUAAGCGGCGGUCACAAACGCAGCGUUCGGGCUGUUUCUUGGAAGGACUACGGAAGCCAUGCAGGCAAGAAUAAGAAACCCGUGGUCCUGGGCACGGGGAGCUUCGACGCCAACGUCGGAAUAUGGAUAUGGAACGACGACAGGCGAUGGUCCAGGUUCCGUGACAAUAAUGGCGAUAGCAAUAACAAUACCAACAACCACGAGCCAUCUUCAAGGGGCGGGGGUCAAGAAGCUGCCAUGACCGAGGAAAGUGGGAACGAAAUGGACCUUACACGCGACGACGGCGACGACGAAGAGGAUGAAGAAUGGCACUUUUCUACACUCUUGACAGGACCAGACUCGGAGAUCAAAUCCAUUGAAUUUUCCCCUCCUCACUAUGCGGCAAACCUUUUGGCCACGUGCUCGCGUGACAAGUCAGUAUGGAUAUGGGAAGAAGUCGAGCCGGAGGAGUGGGAGACGAUUGCCGUACUCAGCGAGCACACGGGCGACGUCAAGUGCGUGAGCUGGUGCGCCGGCGCGUCAAGAGGCAACGGGCGGAAGACCAAGAGACGGAAACUAGAGAACCCCAGUGACGGCGACGUUGAGAUGGGUAACGGGAGUGGCCACGUGAACGGGGUUCUGGCGGCCCAUGACAAUGACAAUGAGAAUGAGAAUAACGUAAUCGGAUCGAGAGAUAUCCUGGCAAGCGGCUCUUACGAUGAUACGAUCAGGCUGUGGCGCGAUGUCGAGGAGGAAGGAGACUGGAUAUGUGUAGGUGUGAUUGAAGGCCAUAGAGGGACGGUAUGGGACGUCAAGUGGGAGCCGUUCAUCAACUACGAUACACUGGACCUAGUGGGGAUAUCGGGUCAAGAUCGAGAUACCGCCGUCGCUGAGUUCGAAGCGGAUUGGCAGCCGAGAAUAGUGUCGUGUUCGGACGAUCUGAGUGUGCGGAUCUGGCGGCGCGAGCUGAGCGAGGCUGAAAAGGCCAAGAGGGCGGACAGGAGGAAAACAACCUCGGCGCCUACGGGAUUUGCGAGUUCGAGAUUACCCAGCGUCAUUCGCCCGAUGAGCAGUAUGGAGAAGUGGGUUGAGGAUACGAUUCUGCCAGAGGUCCAUGUUCGCAGCGUCUAUGCCGUCGACUGGUCGAGGCGGACAGGACUGGUGGUGAGCUGUGGUGGAGACGGGGCCAUCGUGGUGUAUAAAGAGGUUGUCGAUACGGAAGCCAGUGCGACCGGCACAGCGGCGGAUGUGGUGAUGAACGGCACGACUGCCCCUGCCGGCUCCUCGGGAGAGACGGCGCCUCAACCGUACGUGGUGCGCAAGACGAAGUGGAUUGUCGUUGCGGUCAUCGAGGCGGCUCACGACGAGUUUGAGAUCAAUCAUGUCUGUUGGGCCGAGAGACGAGACAGAGACAAACGCGCCGACGGGGAGGAGGUCAUCAUAUCGACUGGUGAUGAGGGAGAUGUCAGAGUCUGGACGCUGCCUGAUGCUCUUGUACAGAAGGAUUCGUCAUGA